AUGGCCGGCUCCGGCGCCAGCGACGAUGAGGUCAUCUUCGAGAUGGCGCAGUUCAUCCGCGUCUACAAGAGCGGCCGCGUGGAGCGCUUCUUCGGCUCCGACCCCGUCCCGGCCUCCACGGACGCCGCCACGGGCAUCGCCUCCAAGGACCGCGCCGUCUCCCCAGACGUCGCCGUCCGCCUCUACCUCCCGCCGCCAGCCAAGGAGACCGAAGCCAACGGCGGAAGCAGGAAGAAGCUUCCAAUCCUCGUGUACUUCCACGGCGGCGGCUUCUGCCUCCACACCGCCUUCAACUUCGUCUUCCACGCCUACCUCACCUCCCUCGCCGCGCGCGCCCGCGCCAUCGUCGUCUCCGUCGAGUACCGCCUCGCGCCCGAGCACCCACUCCCCGCCGCGUACGACGACUCCUGGCGGGCGCUCGUCUGGGUCGCCUCCCACGCCACUGGAUCUGGUGAGGAACCCUGGCUCACCGACCACGGCGACUUCUCCCGCUUGUGUGUCGGCGGCGACAGCGCGGGUGCCAACAUCGCGCACCACAUGGCGAUGCGCGCCGGCGCCGAGCCCCUCCCGCACGGCGCCCGCAUCAGCGGCGUCGCACUCGUGCACCCCUACUUCCUCGGAGCCGACCGGGUGACCUCCGAGGAGACGGACCCCGCGCUGGUCGAGAACGUGGUGACCAUGUGGCGCGUGGUGUGCCCGGGCACCUCGGGCGUGGACGACCCCUGGAUCAACCCGCUCGUGGCCGGCGCGCCUGGGCUGGAGGGGCUCGCGUGCGCGCGUGUCCUCGUGUGCCUCGCGGAGAAGGACGUGUGCCGCGACCGGGGGCGCGCGUACGCCGAGGAGCUUAGGGCCAGCGGAUGGGCCGGGGAGGUGGAGGUGCUUGAGGUGAACGGGCAGGGCCACUGCUUCCACCUCGUCGACUUCGCGUGCGCCGACGCUGUCGCGCAGGACGACGCCAUUGCCAGAUUUGUUAACCUGUAG